AUAUGCAUGAAAUCAAUGACUGCUCAUUUUCCACAGCUGUUUAGUACGACGGCACACAAACCCUCUCAGUGUGAAUGACAGAGAUCUUUCACACGAGACCUCACUUCUUUCUCAGGGGGGUUUCUUUCCCAUGGUCCAUCGGUCUCCAUUACACCCCUCGGCUCGCCAAACUUUCCUCUAAUUCUCACUUUUUCAUUUAUUGGCACUUCUGAAGUAUUUCAGCUUGGGCUCCCCAGGCCCUCGAGGAUGAUGAUAGUUUAUGAACCAUCAUCUAAAGCACAGGAACUCUCUGGAACGUUUCCCCGGGGAUCUCGUUCCUUUCGCUUCUAACACGGUUUCCUCACCCCCUACGCCUUGGCGAGGAUGAACCACACUGCUCGCGUGUCCUCCUUUUUCGCGUUUUCCUUUGAGCCGUGGCUUAUUGUCAGCAGUUUUUCAACGCUCCUGUCACUGGCAGCCACCUGGUAACAAUAAGAUACCAUCAACGGCAGAGGAGAGGAGGCAGCUAAACUGGGGCGUUGUAAUGAACGCACACACAGACUCGCAGGGAAUCCGAGUUGGCUGUCUAAAUGUGUGAGGAGAGCUGCAGGGUUGGCUGGUUCAGGACAAGACUGUUUCUCUUCUGCUCUUAAUCUGUUUAGGGAAAACUGUCUGACUGUUUAGGCCACAACAAGAUUUCGCUAGAGAAAGCGAAAAAUGUCACAGUUUACCAGCAGGUUUGCCUGAUCAAACCCAAACCAUGGGAAUCACCCUCUGUGAUUAACCAGACCUAAAGAGAGAAAUAUAAUCCAAAAAAAGCAGAUAAGAUGCUAAAUGACCACUGAGACUCAUGAAGAAUAAGGAAUUAAGAAGAGGAGAUGAAUGGAGCACACAGCAAGACAGAGCGUGAGUGAAGGUCGAUCUUAUUGUUCUUCCCCCUGUGGCAAACAUUGUGACUAAUAACGAUGAGUAGCCGUAUCUGGGUUGCAUUGCUCUUUCUGUUCGUGUGCUCAGAGCUCGGGGGAAGCAGUGCUCGUCUAAAAAGAUGGAAGAGUGAGGAAACUGUGAGGAAAGAAAGUCAGGUGGAGCGUCUAGACAUGGAGAAAAGGCAAAGUGAGAUGCCAUUUGCCAACACUGCAGGAACACCAAGUUUGGCAAAGAAAAAUGAGGAUAAUUUGAUGAUUUCACCAAAAAGAAACAAAAACAAAAUGGAGUCUUUAACAGGACUGCAUCAUGCACAGAUUGAAGAAACUGCAAAAUCGGAAUUUGAAAUCAGAGUGACUCCAGUUUCGCUGUCUGGCGCAAGUGUGAACACAGAGUCUACUCCACAUAAUAUGAAUAAUUAUUAUCCCAAAUCCAAAGUCCAUAUUGCUGAAAUCACAAAGACAAUGGUAUCAACUCCUACCCCGGACUCCAAAAUAUCUAGAAAAUCUCAAGAUCAUUUUGUUCCCACUAAACUAACUCCUGCAGUAGAGGAAACUAAAACUGACAGAUCCACUCUGGAUGGCCCGUCAGAUGCCAGAGUGGUCCUUCUGAAGCCUCCGUCUGGGAUAAAUAGCAGCAGACAGGAAGUGCAAACUAUAAUGAUGGGCAACCAGGAGUCAGACAGCAGUGGUGAUUUCCACAGGACCUUUACUGGACCAAAUCUGGAUGAGAUGCCUUCACAAUCUCGCAGCCGAAGAAGCUGGAUCUGGAACCAGUUUUUUGUGAUUGAGGAAUAUAGUGGACCAGAACCGGUGCUGAUUGGACGGCUUCAUUCAAGUGUGGACAGAGGUGAUGGACGAACCAAAUACAUAUUAAAAGGUGAGGGGGCCGGUUCGGUGUUCGUCAUUGACAGCAGAACGGGGAACAUCCACGUCACCAAACCCCUAGACCGUGAGGAAAAGGACCAGUACCGCCUUAUCGCCACGGCAACAGACCGACAGACCGGCCGAGCCCUGGAGCCUUCAUCCCAGUUCAUCAUCCGUGUGCAAGACAUCAACGACAACCCGCCUGUGUUCCAGGGCGGCCCGUAUAGCGCCACCGUCCCAGAGAUGGCCAACAUCGGCACAUCGGUUAUUCAAGUGACAGCCACAGAUGCUGAUGACCCAACGUAUGGGAAUAGUGCCAAACUUGUGUAUUCAGUGAUUCAAGGCCAGCAGUACUUCACUGUGGACCCGCAGUCAGGUAUCGUGCGCACAGCGGUCCCUGAUAUGGACAGGGAAGCUCAGGCACAGUACCAGGUGGUGCUCCAGGCAAGAGACAUGGGUGGCCAUCAAGGGGGUCUGACAGGGACCACCACUCUCACUGUGCACCUCAGUGACGUCAAUGACAACCCGCCCCGCUUCACUCAAAGUAUGUGGUCAUUUUCAGUCUCUGAAUUGGCCGUGCCUGGGGUGGAGAUCGGUCGUCUGUCGGCAACAGAUGCAGACCUGGGUGAAAACGCUCGGAUGGAUUUUAUGAUCGUGGACGGAGAGGCAGGGGACACCUUCAACAUAACUGGAUUGAACCAAGAGGCUGUGAUUUUGUUAAACAAGGCCGUGGACUACGAGAGACGAAGCACCUACUCUCUUGCGGUGGAAGUGCAAAACCCAAACGUGGACUCGCGGUUCCUCAGACGAGGUCCAUUUAAAGACCGGGCAAUGGUGCGCAUCACAGUUUUGAACGCAGACGAGCCGCCGAAGUUCUCCCGCUCGCGGUACCGACUGGAUGUGUCGGAAAACUGCCCUCCGGCAUGUGUGGUGGGAAGAGUGUCCGCCAUGGACCCGGAUACAGGCCUCAGUAACAACAUCAAGUACUCAAUUGAUCCCGAGUCGGACCCCGAGGCGCUGUUCCGUAUCGCCUCUGACAAUGGCCUCAUCACCACCACCGUGGAAUUGGAUCGGGAACAGGAGCAAUGGCAUAACAUUACCGUCAUCGCCACACAGAGAGACAGCCCCAACCAAGUCACCAGAGUAGCGGUUGCUAUAGAGACGCUGGACCUCAAUGACAACGCCCCCGAGCUGGACCGACAAUACAACACGGCCGUGUGCGACUCCAGCACUGCUGGACAGGUGGUGCAGGUGAUUCGAGCAACGGAUAAAGACCAAAGCAGCUCCAACUCUCCCAUCCACUUCAGCAUUCCCGCAGAGUCCAGCAGCGCACUCAACUUCUCCAUCAGAGAGCGGGGAGACCACACGGCGAGUCUGGUGCUCUUGUCGUCCCUGAAGGCUCUUCCUCGCUCUUCCAAUUUACCUACUCUAAAAAUACCCAUAAUGCUCCGUGACGGUGCGUCAGACCUCAGCAACACAGGAACGAUUACCGUUACGGUGUGUCCGUGCCAAAACGGAGGCAUGUGGGCUGAAGAACGAAAACAACAAACGGAUGAGAAGGAUAAAGCGUCUGUGCCGGACUGGGAGAGGCAGACGGCGUGUUUGCCUUCACCGUCAAACUCCCCGCUGCUGGGCGUCAGCUCGGCCGCCAUGCUGGCCAUCCUGGCCUGUGCGUCCACUCUGCUGGUGGUGGCGGCACUCUCGCUAUCGUUGCGAAGGCAGAAACGGGACACUCAGUCUCCUGUGGAGGAUGAUGAGAUCAGGGAGAACAUUAUCACGUAUGAUGACGAGGGAGGCGGCGAGGCGGACACAGCCGCUUUCGAUAUUGCGACCCUGAAGAGCGCCCCCCAGAGCAUGCGCAGGGCACAGCGGCUUCGGGACAGCAAGAAUAUGUAUUCUCAGGAUAACUUGGACAGCAUCAGAACCUUCAGUUGGAGUCAGAGUUUGGGUUUGGACCCGUGUCGUCCCGUCUCUGCACCCCUCUAUGGACGGUACUGCUACAGCAUCCAGACCCUUCCAGCUUCGAGAAACAGACUCGGCCCGUUCAACUCCAGGCUGGAUCUCGCCAAACUGGCGUACGUUCUUCCCGGCAGCCAAGGCCAGGCCGGCGGCCCUUUAGAAUCCGGUUCUGUAUUUAUCGGCAAGAGCAGGGAUGGAUCAGAACAUAAAAGAGCAGACGGAUCUACCGACAGCCUUCCGAAAGAGAGCGAGACAGGAAGUGAGGUCAUCUCUGAGAGCCACACACUCAGCCAGGAUCAGUCUGUGCAUUCGGACCAGGUUCUGUUCGUGAAGGGCUCCAGUCAGAGCGGUUCCUGCUCCGAGGCCUCCAGCACUUCUGUGAGCCAUAAACCCGAGGUGUCCCCUCACUGCUUGACCACACGGGCCUCCAUUUCCACCAUCACGACAGACGACUCCACCCCCACCUCGGCUUUGGACAAGAACGGGGACGCUCCGCUCAUCAGCACCAGCCAGAGCUCAACCAGCCUGGGCACGACGGAGAUGUCGUUCAGAACAAUGGAAGGUACUUUGCUGAGGGCUGGUGGAGGGAUACCUUUGACCGGGACGACACUUCUUUACCCAGAAUCUGCUGGACUAAUGGGCUUGUACGGGGUGGGCGGGCAGAACUAUGUGCCACAUCUAGUGAUGCCAAUCCCUGGAGGGGCGGGGCUAUAUGAAAGAGGGUGGGGCUUGGGGAAUGGGAAGACUGGCCAAGCGAACUCGGAAAAGGCAGGCGCAGAUUCGCUGACAAACCGUAUGGGCGAUUUCCUGCAGCACCGUCUAGCCCUGGUGACCUUUGACCCCAUGCAGCCACCAUACGACUCGCUGCAGACGUACGGAUUGGAGGGGGGCGGCUCACAGGCCACGUCUCUCAGCUCGCUCGAAAGCGAGGCCGAAAAAGAUACAGAGGGACAGAAACACAGAUUUGAGGAGUGGGGACCCAAGUUCGACAGGUUGCUUGAUAUUUUCAGGGAACGAGCGAAAGAAAAAGAGGAUCACGAAAAACACCAGGGUGAGUGUUUAAAAGAAGAACAUCUGGAAGAGGAAAUCAACAAGACAGAAGACGAGAGUGAGACAGAAACGAGAAAAGAGGAUGAAAAAACUGAUUUGAACGAGACACAGCGGGCCGAGGAGGAAAACACAGAAGAAUUGGAAGCAAUGCACUAAAGAGGAAAUGGGAGUAAUGAGGGAGGAUGUGAUGUCACAUCGUGAGCUUUCAAAAGCAAUAAGUGCUGAAAGGAGCCAAUGAGCACAAUCUGGACAAAGAGAAUUUUAUAUGGACCUGCCAAAAACCAGUAUGUCAGUGUUUUAGAGGAGCAGAGAGUCUUAUGUAAGUCACUCACAUUCAUUUGACGUCCAGCCACACACACAGUGCUUACGUUGUAAAAUACAAACGUCAUCUUUAUCGAAAUCUUUUACUUCUCAGAUUUUCAAUGUGGUCUCAGAUUUUUAUACCGAGGAUUAACAUGGUGAUCAGAUCAUCAGUUUUUAUGGCCUCACGAUGUGAAAAAGAUGACAGACAUGGCUUUCUUACAAUCUGCUUGAUUGAUUUAAUCAACAGUAUCUGAUUAUUUAUCAAGUGAUUUCACCACUGGAAUUAAUUUAAUUUAAUUAUUAUUGAUUUUAAUUUAAAUAAAUAAAUAAAUAAAUAUCGGUUAAUUGAUUUUUUUAUUUGUAUGUUUUCAGCUUUUAAUUGAAUUUAGUUUAAUUUUUAUUCAUUUUAUUUUGAGAUUUUGCCAAUUUUAUUUGUGAUUACAUAUAUCGCAAAAAAGUACAAAAAAAGUUUGUUUCCAUAAUAUAUGCGUGUUCUGUAUAUAUUUAUGUAUAUAUAAGAAAUAUAUUUAUUUAUAUUUAUAAAUCAUACAUCAUACAUACAUAUAUAUAUACAUGUAUGUAUGUGUAUUUAUAUAUACAUAUAAAUAUUUAAAUUUAUUUCUAGUUCAGAUUUAGUUUUUAUAAUUUUAGUACCUAAACUUAAACAUAUUUACUUCAGUUAUUUUUUAGUUUAAGUUUUUCUUUUCAUAUUUGAUUUGAUUUCAAUUACCAAAAAACGGUAUUCAAUUUUAAGUUUUAGUUAACUAUAACAACACUGAAUUACACCGAGAAUCUUGUUUCUCUCCCCAGUGACAGCAUUUUAAAUCUCCAUUUCUUUACUUCUAUUAAAAUAAUUUAUUUAGUGACGCUAAAAAAUGUAAGAAAUUAUCCAUCGGUGUUUUUAAAAUUUGAUAAAUGACAGAAAUGUUUCAGUUUACACAACCUGUAAUAUGUAAGUGGCGAUUUGACUUGAUUUCUCAUUAAUAUGGCAUAUAAGGUGGGGAAUCCGCCAAAAUAGGGCCCAUCUUGUUCCGCACACACAUAUUAGCAGCACGUGUCUCUUUCAGCGUUCUCCCGUUACACUUAAGUUAAUAAUUCACGUCGCCAUGACAAGCCAAAGUUAUGAAACAUCUCAUUUCUGAAAUAUUGAUUUCAGCCCUUACGAGCACCAUUGUUUGAAAAAUAGGUCUCAUGAAAUAUGUACAAUCGCCGACAAAUUCAUAUUGACGCUUGUGUAUUAAUAAGGCAACGCUCUCUCGCACGGAUUUUGACAGCGAGGAAGCUAAACUGUUUAAAACGGUUCAAUAAAAGGCUGUUUUUUACUAGGUCACUGCAACCACACACACAUCGAUGCAUAAAGAUGAUUUGCGCAUGGCUUACUUCUAUCCGUGUUUAGAUCGGUUUUCCUCUCUUGACUAGUCAGGAUGCUUAGCCUGGUUUAGACCUCCUGAACCGCUUCACUUCUUCAACCCUUUUUGUUUUUAUGGAAGACCUAUGCAACUGAAACUUUGAGACAGUGAACUUCUGAACUGAAUGUGAUCCUGUUUCAUAUAGUUUUUUUGUCCUGUAUAUGCUGUUUGCGUUCUCAUGUACAGAUGUAAAUAUCAUUGGAGAACUGACGAGCCUUUUGGAACAGAGAGUUUAUGUCAAUCUGAAUCUGUUUAUGUAAAUGUUGAAUUCAAUCCCACUGUAAAACCACAGCUGGAAGAUCCUGAGAAUUUCCAACGUGUUGUACGAUCUCUUGUCAAACUGACCGUCAUCUGAUGUUCAAUAAAUGGUGUACAGUGACCUUUGGUAAAUGUGGAUUCACAGACCUGUGUACAUAUGACUGACUUUCUUCGGUAAAGCACAAAUUAAAUAUUCUCUAUUCCGAUAAAUGGAAGUUUGCAGUGAUCUGUCAAGCUCUCAAAAGGACAAAAUGCACCAUAUGUGACCCUGGAGCACAAAACCAGUCACAAGGGUCAGUUUUUCGAAAUCGAGAUUUAUACAUCAUCUGAAAUCUGAAUAAACAACCUUGCCAUUGAUGUAUAGUUUGUUAGGAUAUUUGGCUGAGAUGCAACUAUUUCAAAAUCUGGAAUCUGAAGGUGCAAAAAAAAAAAAUCUAAAUAUUGAGAAAAUCGCCUUUAAAGUUGUCCAAAUGAAGUUCUUAGCAAUGCAUAUC